AAGAUGUUAUUUUGGUACGUCAAGGUAUAGCUAUAGAUUUGAAUCUAUUAUGUAUAUACAUAUAUGUAUACACCCUGACAUACGCUUUUAGUUUGGAAGAUUUUUCCAAGCCCAUUUGGAAUCCUCUCUGUCUCUUCCCCUUUGUCUCCGUGAGAAUUCCCAUUGCUGAGGACCUGAGAGAUUCCUUUUGAGCUUUCGUUCUUCAGCAUUCUCUGAUAUCCAAGGUAUGUAGGAAACUUCCUCAGUGCCUUAGCUAGGUGGAAAACAAUGCCAGAUAUUCAGAUGGGAUUUCAUACCAUAAAAUCUCAUGGAGCCAAGGUGGUGAAGGUGCAUGCAUUUGACUGGAUAAUACUUCUGCUGCUUGUCGUGAUCGAUGUAUUGCUGAAUCUGAUAGAGCCUUUUCACCGUUUUGUCGGGGAAGGAAUGAUGACUAAUCUGCAAUACCCACUCAAAGAUAACACAGUGCCUUUCUGGGCUGUGCCAAUUUAUGCAAUAUUGUUGCCGAUUAUCAUCUUUAUUAUAUACUACAUCUACAGAAGGGAUAUUUAUGACUUACACCAUGCCAUAUUGGGUCUUCUCUAUUCUAUUCUAAUAGCUGGAGUUAUAACGGAUGCAAUCAAAGACGCUGUUGGUCGUCCCCGCCCAGAUUUUUUUUGGAGGUGUUUCCCUGAUGGUAAAAAGGUGUUCAAUCAUAUUACAAGGGAAGUUAUCUGUCAUGGAAAAAAGUCAGAUAUAAAGGAAGGGUACAAAAGCUUUCCAAGUGGGCAUACUUCCUGGUCAUUUGCAGGGCUUGGUUUUCUUUCAUGGUAUUUGUCAGGGAAAAUUAGAGUGUUCGAUCGUAGGGGUCAUUCUGCAAAACUUUGUAUUUUAUUUCUUCCGUUGCUUGCUGCUGCUCUUGUGGGAAUAACCCGUGUGGAUGACUAUUGGCAUCACUGGACUGAUGUCUUUACUGGAGGUCUUAUAGGACUUGUAGUGUCUACAUUCUGUUACUUGCAAUCUUUCCCUUACCCAAAUGAUGUCAAUGGUUGGGCACCUUAUUUGUAUUUCCAUAUGUUGGCAGAGAGGAAUAGUCAGUCCUUAGCAAGAAGAGUAAAUUCGCAUCGUAUGCGUAGACAAGACACUCUAACUUCAUUAUCUGAUAGUGACAAAGAUACUCCAGGAUCAUCACCCAAUUCAAAUCUGAUUGUGUAAGCAAUGGAUUCUGGAAGAAGUUACUAAUUUCCCAGUUAAUUAUUUUUUAUUUAUUUUUUUUGUAGAAACUGAAAAAAAAAAAAGAGAAAAAAAGAAAGAAAAAAGAAGGUUUUAUUCUUCUUACUUUGUAUCUAGAGAGGAAAAAAAAGAAAAAAAAGAAAAGAAAACGAAUUUCAAUCUGUUUUUUCUACGUAUCUUCAAACUUUGUACACUACAUCAUUCUUCUGUAGUCACUUAGAUUUGUACAAAACAUAUUCCAGAACAUCAAAUUCUUUAUUUCAAUGAAAGUGACUACUAAUAUUUGCCUUUUUGACUUUCUUAGUUUCAUUAAAGACUAAAUAGCAGGACAGCUUUAAAAACUCAAGCUCAUAAGCUGGCAAUGGCAGUUAACUAAUAUAAAUGUUCGAACACCGAAAAAAGUACUACUUUUUUUCAUUUUUCUUUUCUUUUUUUUUUUUUGUUUUUUGUUUGACACUUCUUAAUGACUUGCUGCACACCCAACCAAUCUACCUGGAACAGUUGGUUGUUAAUUAGUAACUGCACUGCAGCUAGCUGACUUGACUUUAUUUCCUCCAAUUUAAGCCAUUUACAUAUUUUAGGCCUUCAAAGAAUUUUGCUUCUUCUACAUGUCAUAUUUACCUUUGGAUAUAUCUAGAGCUCUCUUUGUCUCUCUCUUUUUUUUCUGUUUGUUUCUUUCUUUUCGCAGGGCGAGUUAAUUCGUUCUGUGGAAGCAUGAAGAGGUACUGGAGGAGAAGAAAAUACCAUAGACUACGAAGUUUGGUUAGUAACAAGCAUAAUGAAGAGGUUUCAUUAACGAAAGGGACUCGUCGAGGCAGGUUUUGGAAGACUAGAGCGACCCCUAAACUUCGUUUGAAGAUUCGAGCAUCAAUCAAGGCUUUGAAAAGUUUCAGAGAUGCUUAUGUGGAAAUGAUGCUCUGUUUUGCAGGGCGUUUAAUGCAGUUGAAUACUGGUAAUGUUCAUUUAGUCAAGAAGAUUAAUACUCCACGGUUCUCAGCUUGACAAAGAAGACAGCUUGGCUUCUAAUCUCCGUUCUUUACAUGUGUAGAAAGAGCACAGUUUGUUUCACAAUUCUGUCUCUUUCUGGAUAUUUUGUAAAUGGAGGGAGGGGGAGGGAGAAUAAAAAAGAAUUGUAUUUAAUUUGUAACGUGCUAUUACAAUUAAUAUGUGAUUCACAAAUAUAGUGAAAAUAAGAUUAGAUGGCAGAUGUUGAAAAGUAUAGUUUUUUCCAUUUUAUGCUAUUAUUUUUUUAUUACCGUUGGA